AUGGUUGGUGAUGAAUUAGGAACGGAGCAUGGGACCGUUGGGACGGCUGCUUGCUUGCCACUGCUUGCUCCCCGAAGCCACACGCAGGCCACGGAUCAGAGACAUGGGCAGUUUGGGGUGAGACAUACUGUACACUCCCGACUCAGUCUUUGCCUUGUUGUCCUCAGCCUCCUCGCGGCCGGCGCUCUGCUGUUCGUCUCCCAGACGGUCGCUGCGCCAACAACAACAGACGCGGCUGCUGCCAGCGACAGCGACAGCGAUAACAACAGCGCGUCCGCCGGCAAAUCGGCCGCCGCUGCCGGCACAGCAGUCAAUUGGGGCUCGCCGCAAUGCAAGUCCCGUCAGCUCUACGAUCUGUGCACGGCCGACAAUGCCGGCGCGUAUUGCGACGGCACGGGCUUCCACAACAACUUCAUGGCCAGCUGCAAGGGCGUGUGCUGGUGUGAGUGA